GGGUGACUCUUGUCUGAGUUCUUCAGGAAAGAAACGCUAAAACUCUUCUGAACUCAUAUUGUGAGUUUCAGAAGAACUGAAUCUACUACAGAGAGGAUAACUGAAGAAGAGAGAAGAAUGAAGAUCUUCUGGACUUUCACUCUGAUGAUUCCUGGUGUGUUGAGCUCCAUCAGUGUGACAGGAUAUUUGGGAGAAGGAGUCAACAUCACAUGCAGAUAUGAUAGAGGAUAUACAGACAAUGACAAGUAUUUUUGUAAAGGACAGAAUCCAGGAUGCACUGACCUCAUCAAGAUGAAUAAAAAAAAUGGUGAAAAACGGGUUGAUUCUGGAAGAUUCUCUAUGUAUGAUGACCCAAGUGCCGCAUUUUUUACUGUGACCAUCAGAGAUGUGAGUGAACAGGAUUCUGGGACGUACCAGUGUGCAGUUGAUAAAACUUUGGCUGCAGAUGUCUACAGUGAAGUGAAGCUAAAUAUUGUAGCAGCUUAUCCUUCUGUUGACCCCUGCUACAACUACACUGUGCUGGACGAUCCAUGGAGAGCCAACAGCAGUCAGCCAUCAAAUUCUUACAAGUGUGACCAGUCAGUCUCCUGGAGCGGCUGGUAUCGUUUCUUCAUUAACGGUCUGAGUGCUCAGAUCCCAGACACAUGUGUUGAUGAGUACAGCUGUGGCACUCAAGUCCCACUGUGGAUUCGUGGUGGACACCCAACAGUUCAAGAUGGAGUCGUCACUCGAGGUGUCUGUGGUCACGCUUACAGUUACUGCUGCUAUUACGGGGCUUACCCCAUUAAAGUCAAAGCCUGUCCAGGCAACUAUUAUGUCUAUGAGCUGGUUCGUCCCAAAGAUCGCAAUUUAGCAUACUGUGCAGUUGUUACUAACAUCAGCAGCACUCAUACAACAGUCGCACCAGAGACAAGCUCAGCUGUUGUUACUAACAUCAGCAGGACUCAUACAACAGUCGCACCAGAGACAAGCUCAGCUGGUGAAUUUUUAUUAGUCACAGCUUAUCCUUCUGUUGACCCCUGCUACAACUACACUGUGCUGGACGAUCCAUGGAGAGCCAACAGCAGUCAGCCAUCAAAUUCUUACAAGUGUGACCAGUCAGUCUCCUGGAGAGGCUGGUAUCGUUUCUUCAUUAACGGUCUGAGCGCUCAGAUCCCAGACACAUGUGUUGAUGAGUACAGCUGUGGCACUCAUAUCCCACUGUGGAUUCAUGAUGGACACCCAACAGUUCAAGAUGGAGUCAUCACUCGAGGUGUCUGUGGUCACGCUUACAGUUACUGCUGCUAUUACGGGGCUUACCCCAUUAAAGUCAAAGCCUGUCCAGGCAACUAUUAUGUCUACGAGUUGCUUAGUCCAACUAUCUGCAAUUCAGCCUACUGUGCAGUUGUUAACAUCAGCAGGACUCAUACAACAGUCGCACCAGAGACAAGCUCAGCUGUUAGAGAUAUAAAGGUGCCAGAAGACUGCAACAGUGAGACCCCUGGAGGAUGUUUUCAAAAUAUUUUUGAGCAGAUCGAGAACGUCAGUGCUCAAGUGCUUCCUUUAAAUACUGUGACAAACUUUUUGACUGUGGCCUUCAACGCUUCAGAGAAGAUUGUAGAGUCAUCAUCAUCAGCAAGCCCAACUGAACUAGCCUCUUAUGGAAACCGUGUGUUAAAAACUAGUGAGAAGCUCAUUUCUACAUUAGUGAAGCCGACAGACACAAGUGCCAGUGUCAAUUUUACUCUUCCUGCUGUAGUUAGAGAUAUAAAGGUGCCAGAAGACUGCAACAGUGAGACCCCUGGAGGAUGUUUUCAAAAGAUUUUUGAGCAGAUUGAGACAAUCAAAGAUCAAGUGCUUCCUUUAAAUACUGUGACAAACAUUUUCACUGUGGCCUUCAACGCUUCAGCGAAGAUUGUAGAGUCAUCAUCAUCAGCAAGCCCAACUGAACUAGCCUCUUAUGGAAACCGUGUGUUAAAAACUAGUGAGAAGCUCAUUUCUACAUUAGCGAAGCCGACAGUCACAAGUGCCAGUGUCAGUUUUACUCUUCCUGCUGUAGAGGGUCAAGUCUUCAUGAUUGGACCACAGGUCACCUUAAAUAAAAUCCCUCGACUUGCAAUGACAAAUUCUUCUGUGGACAUCGAUCUCAUUGGGAUAUCCAAGAACAACAUUGAAAGAUCAGCUGCUGUGGCUUUCAUGAGCUACGUCACGAUGGAGAAUCUACUGAAGCCAGACUUCUUCAAUACUUCAAAUGACACAGUUAAAACCAUGAUGUCCACUGUGAUCUCAGUUACUCUUCCCAAAACCACCAACACUAAACUCACCAAACCAGUCAACUUCACCUUCAGACACAUCAGAGAGUUUGAUCCCAGUGGUUCUCUGUCCUGUGUGUACUGGAAUAUCAAUGAGUGGAUUGUAGAUGGUUGUUCUGUUUUAGAGUUCAACAGCAGCUACACUGUGUGUUCCUGUGAUCAUCUGUCCACAUUCGCUCUCAUCAUGCAAACCAGCCGCCAACCAGAGAGUCAAAACCCUGGAGGAUGUUUUCAAAAUAUUUUUGAGCAGAUUGAGACGAUCAAAGAUCAAGUGCUUCCUUUAAAUACUGUGACAAACUUUUUGACUGAGGCCUUCAACGCUUCAGAGAAGAUUGUAGAGUCAUCAUCAUCAGCAAGCCCAACUGAACUAGCCUCUUAUGGAAACCGUGUGUUAAAAACUAGUGAGAAGCUCAUUUCUACAUUAGUGAAGCCGACAGUCACAAGUGCCAGUGUCAAUUUUACUCUUCCUGCUGUAGAGGGUCAAGUCUUCAUGGUUGGACCACAGGUCAACUUAAAAAAAAUCCCUCGUCUUGCAAUGACAAAUUCUUCUGUGGACAUCGAUCUCAUUGGGAUAUCCAAGAACAACAUUGAAAGAUCAGCUGCUGUGGGUUUCAUGAGCUAUGUCACGAUGGAGAAUCUACUGAAACCAGACUUCUUCAACACAUCAAAUGACAAAGUUAAAACCAUGAUGUCCACUGUGAUCUCAGUUACUCUUCCCAAAACCACCAACACUAAACUCACCAAACCAGUCAACUUCACCUUCAGACACAUCAGAGAGUUUGAUCCCAGUGGUUCUCUGUCCUGUGUGUACUGGAAUAUCAAUGAGUGGAUUGUAGAUGGAUGUUCUGUUUUAGAGACCAACAGCAGCUACACUGUGUGUUCCUGUGUUCAUCUGUCCACAUUCGCUCUCAUCAUGCAAACCAGCCGCCCACCAGAGAGUCAAACCCCUGGAGGAUGUUUUCAAAAUAUUUUUGAGCAGAUCGAGAACAUCAGUGCUCAAGAGUUUCCUUUAAAUGCUGUGACAAACCUUUUGACUGAGGCCUUCAACGCUUCAGAGAAGAUUGUAGAGUCAUCAUCAUCAGCAAGCCCAACUGAACUAGCCUCUUAUGGAAACCGUGUGUUAAAAUCUAGUGAGAAGCUCAUUUCUACAUUAGUGAAGCCGACAGUCACAAGUGCCAGUGUCAAUUUUACUCUUCCUGCUGUAGAGGGUCAAGUCUUCAUGGUUGGACCACAGGUCACCUUAAAUAAAAUCCCUCGACUUGCAAUGACAAAUUCUUCUGUGGACAUCGAUCUCAUUGGGAUAUCCAAGAACAACAAUGGAUCAGCUGCUGUGGCUUUCAUGAGCUACGUCACGAUGGAGAAUCUACUGAAGCCAGACUUCUUCAACACAUCAAAUGACACAGUUAAAACCAUGAUGUCCACUGUGAUCUCAGUUACUCUUCCCAAAACCACCAACACUAAACUCACCAAACCAGUCAACUUCACCUUCAGACACAUCAGAGAGUUUGAUCCCAGUGGUUCUCUGUCCUGUGUGUACUGGAAUAUCAAUGAGUGGAUUGUAGAUGGAUGUUCUGUUUUAAAGACCAACAGCAGCUACACUGUGUGUUCCUGUGAUCAUCUGUCCACAUUUGCUCUCAUCAUGCAAACCAGCUGCGCACCAGAGAGUGACUCAUUGGUGGAGCUGUUGAAUUUGGUGUGUGUGAUAGUGGGGCUGGUGUUCUUCAGUUUGGCCCUGUUGACCUUUGCCCUUUGUCAGUGGAGUCCUUUAGUGAAUAAUGUGGCUCGAAUCAACAUCUGCAUCAGUCUUCUGCUGGCUCACCUUGUGUUCCUGCUCACACAGCCGUUCCUGAGCCUCAUACGGCACCAGCAGGUGUUGUGUGCAGUGAUCUCAGGCCUUCUGCACUUCCUUUUUCUCUCCGGCUUUGUGUGGAUGUUCAUUGAAGCUGUGCUGCUCUUCAUCUGUGUGAAGAACCUAUCAAAGAUCAGCUCUAAAAAGAGGAUGAUGCUUAACACUGGAUUCCUGUGUGUGAUUGGAUAUGUGGUUGCUCUGGUUGUGGUGUGUGUGUCUGUCGGUCUGGUUCCUGAAGGCUACGGCAGCAAAGACUGCUGGAUUAAAAUCGAUAAAGGCUUCAUCUGGAGUUUUCUUGGUCCUGUUUGUGUCAUACUAGCAUCAAACACGAUUCUCUUCAUCAACAUUGUCAUCAGUCUGAACUCAGCUCUCAGAAGUCUAAAUGCUGAAGUUUCACAGAUUAAGCAAACCAAGAUUAUGGUGUUUAAAACACUGGCUCAGUUUGUGGUUCUUGGUUGCCCCUGGAUUCUGGGUUUCUUCUCUAAUAACAGUAAAGUGCUGGAGAUCCUCUUUCUGAUUUUGAACUCCCAGCAGGGAACCUUCAUCUUCCUGAUCUACUGUGUCCUCAAUAAUAAGGUCAGGGAGCAGUACAGAAAGUUCUUCAGAUGUCUUUGCUCAAAAAACACAGAGGACCACAGCAUCACGUUCAGAAUAAUAACCACUGAAUAAGUAAUAAGUAAUAAAUUCUGCUCAAGUGCCAUUAAUAUACAGCUGAUUUUAUGUAGCAAAUGUUUUUGUAUGCUAAAUGUUAUAGUCUCAGAUU